AUGCUCAACCACCAAGACCUGCCGCCUGAAAUAUGGCUCGAUAUAUUCGACUGGGCCACCUUCAACCCAAACAUCAUCACCAAUGCCUCUACGCCGUUCACACCCAUUCCAGACUCUACACGGGACCCCAACCUCCAAGUUCGCGCUGCCCUUGCCUCAGUCUGUCGCACAUGGCGUAAAUGGGCAGCGCAAUCAUUAUACCAGGACGUCAAGAUAAGGAGAGAUGCACAUGCUCUCAAACAGGCGCUAGAGAGAUACCAACAUGCAGCUGCGUCCUACGGGCAGUUGGUUCGUCGUGUGGUCUUGCCUUAUCAGAGUACAGUGACAGGUCCUUCUCGGACGCUCGAGUCUGUUGAGAUCUUGAAGCUGUGCCCGCAUCUCCAUACACUCCAACGGCCCCAGCACUCUCUAGCUGACCCUCUCUCUUUCGACUAUGAGGCGGAAUGCCCUCCCUUUCCAUCCCUGCGGCGUCUAGACUGGUGGCACCAUAAUGAAGCAGACCGAACAGGAGGCAUAAAUGCUCUCGGCGUCGUUUUGCGUAAUGCCCCCCACCUCCGUUAUCUCUUCGUAGGCGGUGUUAUCAGUCACACCUGCAUGGAACCAGGCCGAGUCUCCCUUCCAGACCUCGAAACAGUUCGCCUGCAGGUCAGAAGCGGCAUGCUUCUCCGCCAAAUGGUUUCGCAGUGGUUCUUACCCUCUCUGAAGCACAUCAUUCUGGACUCUCCGGUUGUCCGGGAUGGUUCGCAAGCCAUCUGGGAGACGUUCGGAGAGCAGCUCGAGACCAUGGAGUUCGGAAAGCACGUUCGCUUUCUUAUCAGUGACUUCCUUACGCCGUGUCUGACAAGUUGUCCCAACCUUAAAGAGCUGAACUAUUAUAUAUUUUUCACCUCUCCCCCCGAAAGCGACAUCGUCCAUUCGAAACUAACCACUGUAGGUCUCCACGCGCACGUCAAUGCGCUCCUCGUAGAAGGAGGGUCGGCCUGGAACUUGGUUGAACAUCAUUUCGAAAUACUCACCAGUCCGAACUUGCCAGCUCUGCGACGCAUUGUCCUGUAUGGUGACUGGAGAGCAGUCCUUCUUCACUCGCGUUUUGUUACAAUCAAGGAGAUGGUGAAGACGAGCAACAGAAUCUUGGAGCUGUCUCAUCAAGCUAGACCGUCGAGCCUAGAUAUAGGUGAAACCGACAGUUCCUGCUGCGAUUACAUGGCUAUAUAG